AUGCGGGUAGAUCUUCAUCAAUUAUUUAAUGUGAACAUAACUUUAUGCGAGUUUUUCAACGUUGAUCUUGAUGAACGCGGGUAUUAUCAGGUACAUAUCAUGAUUGAUACAAUAAUUAGAGAACAAUUGUCAAGAUUCGGUUGGUUCCCAAGCAAACACCGGACUUUCUAGCCCUCGACAUUGUUAGCACCAGUGGUCAGCCGGCUUCUACUCUCAAGUUUCUUUUCCCUAACAAGUUUUCUAGCGCUAUCCAUAGGCUUUAGUGAAUCCAACAACUCCGCGCAAAGCAAGGCCUCAUCUUCCUCAGAACUUUUGCCUGCAUCAGUUCUGCAUCCGAACAUCGGAAUCAGCAGGACAGUUGAAGUCACCUACGUCGAUGAAAAAUUCAUUAUAGGUAUAGUUGAGAAGGAGCUUUCUGGGUUUUUUGAAUUGCAGUAAUUGGUUAUUGACCGAAUUUUAUAAGAUAGCGUUCGGUUUUGCGACAGGACUGGUGUCUGACUCCUCUUUGCCAUUUCAGAUACCCCAGAAAGUUGAAACCGGCAUUUUUUUUCUCGUAUAGUAUAUACUGAUUUAUUUGUAGACGGCUCAAAGUAUUCUAAAGCCUUUUAAAUGUUCUAAGUGAAGCCGUUCUUAUUUUCUAAGUUUCCUAUUCGUCUUCCAGAUGACGCCUUCACGAUAUCGGCGCAGGUCAACGCCACCGUCGACCUUUCUGUUCCAGUCGAGUUGAACGUGGAUUUCGAACUGUGGUUCAUGGACCGGUACCGACCUCCUCGUAUGGACCUUUUCGAAUUGCAGUCCAGGCGCACGAUACAGGUAUCUGCUUAUAGAGAAAGUGCAAGGGUUGAUUCAAAAUAAAGGAAAUCUCAAUUUUUUUUUUAUGAUAUUCAUUGUUUUUAUACACUACCAUAAUGAAUAGUAAGUGAUUUUUCUCAUCAAGAGAUUGUUUGAAAAAAAAAGCUUAUCAACCGUUUUCUUCAAAUUCUGUGCAAUGAAUUUUUAGUCCAGAGGGAGCUCUAGUCCAAAAAAUUCAAACACAGAAAUCGAGUGGAAGAAAUUUCAAAAGGUUUUUUUUUCAUUCAGUUUGAAUUUGGAAAGCGUUCUCGAGCUGAGCCUGCGACCAAACAUUUCAAACAUAUUCCAAGAAAUUCAUAUUUAUUUUGAGCAAGAAAAUUUAUCUUCAGACAACUUGAUAUAUAAAGUUCUUCUGUAUUAGUAAAAUUUCAGAUAACUCUUGAUCCAACUCGAAUUUGCUCUGCUGCUAGACCUAUAUAUUUCGAUUGUACGGAUGUGGCCGCGAUUACCGUUGCGAUACAUUCGGCAAUGAUAUCCAUCCUUCCGAGAAGGAGAAAACCACCUCCUGACUCGGUAGUUUUGGAAAGAUCUCUUGUUGAAAAUGACAAAGUCUUAGGCUUUGUCGCCCAAGCUGCGGAACUACCACAGUUCUGCAUGUCGCGCGCUUCUCUCGGCCACCGAAUCCAUCCAGCAAUUCAUAAGCAGACACUCGAGGCUUCUUUCAACUCCAAUAUGCUUUGGUUUCUUUGUAUUCUUUGUGUCUUCUAUUUUGCGAUACAGAAAACGUGGAAGUCGAAGCAGAGAUGGGAUCUCUGCGCGAACGGCUCGAGUGCUCGGAACGGCCUUGGGCGACUCUCGAAGCCGAGUGCGUCUCACUCAGCUCAAGGCUCACUACUGUUUUUUCACAGAUGCUCCAGCUCUUUGCAAAAUGCGAACGUAAGUUUUUUUGGUCUUUCAAUUCCACAAAAUUCUCAAACUUCUAGCAUUGAAAGACUUUCUGUUUGUGGAGUAUGAUAAAUGGCGCCGGGGACUUCUGGGCGAAGCUUUUUUCUACCUGGAAAGAACAAAAGACGAAGUUUUAUUGCCACGGCACCUCAAUACUCACGAUGUAAUACGAAACUGUUUAUAUGUCAAAUCAUCCAUUCCAGCUUCUCUCAUUGGUCACCAAGGGAAAAUAUCUUUCCCGACUGCCACGGUUUCCUUUAUUCUGUGCUGCCACCGACUGCCCUGCCGAGAGCUGGUUUUACAAUUUUCCAUCUGAAAACGUCGAUUUUCUUUAAUUUCAGUCCGGUCGUUUUUGAGGAACGUUUUGCCAAACCUUUGAAUGUGUCUUCUGUUCUAGAGCGUUUAACUUUGGAUGGAUCUAAUUGCACCAACAAUUCUGCUCAGUCUUCGGUGUGUUGCGAUUUUUCUUUCGUUCAAAAAAAAAGCAUAAUUUCUCUUUGACCUUCGAAAAAGGAUUUCUGAUGAAUUCUGAUGAACUGAUGAUUUCUGAUGAACUGCAACUCGCAUUUUUUUCUAAAAAAAAAUGAUUUUAAAGGCUUCUCGUACGUGUAACCAGAGAAUGGCGUCGCCGACGCUGGGCGAUCGGAUCCGUGGCGAAGCGACGCGCUCAUUGCGACUGAUCAAAAGUCGCAGGAAAAGCGCCGACUGCUCUCAGUCGAUGGCCGUCCGUCGUAAACAGGCACUUUUCGCUUUUCGAGAUCGUAAAUCAAUUUCCUCUCGCUGUUUAGGUUCGACCUCGGACUACCACCAUCGCUGCGUGCGAAGGCCUUCUGCGCAGGACCGAGGGAGGUGACGGUGCGUCUAGAUUUAGUUUUGAUAGCGUGCUUACUAGGGAACUACGCGAAACUUUAGUAGCUUAUAGACUUGAGUCAGAAUACUUGAAAAGAGAGAAUAUCUGUUAAACCCGAUAUAGAAAUGAAAAAAAAUUCGUAGAAAAUGUGCAGAUUGGGCCUGAAAAUUUUCAAAAAAACUGCUUUUCACCUUAUUUUAUAUUCUAAUACCAUCGCCUUGAAGGAACCGGCUAUAUUAAACACUAAAAAGCUUUAGAGGAAAGCAGAAAUUUGAUAAUUUUCAAGCCAUAACAGUUCAUUUUCAAAAAAUUUUUUCUUGGUACCUUAUUGGGUUUAGCAGAUAAUAUUGCCUGUUUUCAAGUACCAAUACCUAGAUCUUCAAAACUCGACCCAUGAAUACGAGUUCGCGUAGUUUUCUAGUUAGAGUGAACCCCAACAUACAUCGGCUGCAUUCCACGUCAACCUUUUGCGCGCGAAAAUAAAAUUUGAAAAUUUACUCAAACAAGUCGAAGUUUACGGGGGAUCGGCCGCACUCCGGGGUGGAAUAUGAACCCCAAAAAAACUCGGCAAAGUUUUGAGGGAAAUUUUUUUCGAUCACGAAUUUGUAAUCAGAUAGAUAAGAGAUUCGGCUUAAAAAUGUUUCGAGUUUUUUUUUGUAGCGCCAAGUAUGCCCUCUUCACAUGAUUUUUGGCUUUUUCAUUUUUUUUUGCUUGUCAUAAAGUUGAUUUUCAAGUUUUAACCGAGUGGCACUGUAGUCCAUAUUUUAUAUCGUGUUGAAAUUUGAUGAAAAAGCAUUUUUCUGCAUUUUACUGUGCUUAUCAUCAACUCUAACGCUGGGCAGUAGCACCCGUUGGGCCCAGGCAUAAUUUUGAAGUGUGCUACCACCGACCAUCCAGUGUUUUUUAACGUUUCGGGCGAUCGGGGACUCGGCGCGUGAACUGGGCUUAAGCGGCGUCUAUGCGCGGCUAAAAAUUGCGUUUCGGGUGAUCGGCGGUAGCAUCCGCUGGUGCUACUGGCUGACAUGAGAAAACCUUCCUACAACUUUUCGUCACUUUACCAUUUUCAAUUUUAGGUCAAAGUACCUUUACUGUUGGGAGUGAGAGUGCAAGAAGUGCUCGAGAGAAGCCAAACGACUCCUCUGGAGAGAAUGUCCCUGACGACCUUCUGACCAGAAGCAAUUCUGCAAGCGCUCUCCCAACUUCUCCGGCCGAUGAAGACGUCGUUUCUGUGCCGUCGCCUUCAGCUUCUGUGACGUCACCGCUUCUUCUCAAUGAAGGUUCGCCUUUUCAAUCAUACAUGGGCAGCCCAAUUUAAAAGGCUGCUGAACCCUUCUCCCAAAUUUUCUCAAAUUAAAGUUAAUAAUAUCUUCCUCAUGCUGCAACUCGUUUUUCUAUGGCCAAAAGUACCUCCGUGAGGUUGAAAAUGGAUUUUAUGUAUACCUAAUUAUUUCAAAUACUUGUAAGACAAUCCCUCCUCCCGGACUGAAUGAGUUCUGUACUUGCCCAUCUAUAUUUUCAUUCAGUAAAAAUAAAAAGAAAAAUUGUCUUCUGACUGCUCAUUUUCUUUUUCUAGCCCAUCCCAAGGAUUUGCAAACGGCCGUUGAGUUCGUACGAGAGCGAGAAGCGAUGAAGCAACGCCUCCGGUUGCAAGGAGGUUACGAAGGCUGUCUCUACAGGUUAAUCAACUUUCUGCUUUAUAUUCUUUUUUUAUCGGCUUGAAACAGUGAAGUAAUUCCUCUAACAAAAAUGAGGGUGUAGCCCGCAGUGAACCUUGAAAAAAGUGAACUUUUCGUUGAUAUUCUCGGUUCACCCCGCGUUGGACCUGGAUGGCGUGCACAACCGGACGAAAAAAGAGCUUUUUUGAGCUACCGUAGCAGCCUGAGAUGAAACUGUAGGAAAGGAUGAUAUUGGGAAACAAAAAACUUCGAAAUCAUAUACGGAAUCAAUACCUAAAUAGGAAUUUAAAGCUUAACGGGGUACACCCUUAGUUAGUCCGGGGUGCACCGCAACUUUUUGUUAGAGCAUUGAAAAUGCCAAAUCUCGUCGUUUCAAGCGAGAAGAAUGACUAGGAUUUGUUUAGUGAAAGUGCGGUGACACUGGUGAUGCCACUUCGAUGUUGUCCGCUGACGACCUCGUCUCUGUCCAAAGCUCCUCCCAAAACUGCGACUCACCUCAUAGUCUUUGUCCACGGUCUCGAAGGUAUAUUUCGGAUUGAUUUUAUCGUGUUGAAAUAUGUCUUUCCAUUCAUAAUCUGUUUCUCAAGGAUCGCACGAGGAUUUGUCACCUUACCGUUGGGCACUCCGCCAAGCGGCUUUCGCCUACGAGUUCUGUGAAGAGAAGGAGAAACAUGCGCGGAAAGAGCCGGUUGAAAAGUUCGAGCUCGCCUAUCUGAUGAGUCGGGCCAACCAGAGCGAAACCUGGGCUGAUAUAACUUCCAUGGCGCACAAUCUUCUCAACGAAGUCUGCGAGUUCUGCGAAGAACACGGGAAUCGCGUGAAAAGGAUCAGGUGUGAUAUCAUAAUUAACUAGAAUUUUUUUUCCUUCGUGCAGUCGUAUUGCUCUAAACGAUUAUGAAUACAUGUAUUAUAUGAACUGCAGAAGUAAUCGAGUAGUAACGAGAUAAAAAUUAUUGUUUAUCUAUUGCGAAAAACUGAUAACAACACAUUUUUUUCUUCUUUAAAGAAUUUGUGACAUUCUCUUCAAUGAAGCAGUAUUAGAGAAGAGAACAAUGGUUGUCAGAAGUUCGAAGAUCAUGCUCUAUCUCAGUUAUCAGUUGCUCAUUUUUUCGAUGAAUGUAGGACACCUACGUCCCAUUUGACUUCUUUGACAAUCUAUGUUUUAUAUGGAGACAUAUUUGGUUAGCUUCGCGAUUAUUUCCCCCUUUUAAUUCAAUUUUUUUCAUCAUUUUUAUUAUUUCGAGAUGGUUUUUUAUGAGCCUUUGAAAGCUUGGUAGAAUAUUUGAGUCUCACUAAAAGUUGGAUGAGUUGUGUUCCAGCUUCGUAGCGCACUCACUGGGCGGCGUGAUCGUCCGUUCGGCGGUGGGACUGGCGACGGCAGCGGGGAUGCCUUGGCUGUUGCCGAUCCUCCACACCCUCAUGACCAUCAACACACCGCAUCUCGGCCUCGCCUACGUCGGUCGCCAUGUUCACUGGGGAGUGCAGCUCGUUCAAUGGUGCUUCGCUUCUUCCUUUUCGCGUAAUCCGAUUGGUAUCCACAGGUGGAAACGAUCGCGUUCUAUGGAGCAGCUUGCACUCCGAGACGCUCUCAAUUUCAACGAGUCUUUUCUCUUUUCCCUCUCCGCCAAUCAAUCGUUUGGCAAUUUUCGUCACAUUCUUCUCAUUGGAACGCCCAGUUAGUAGUCUUCUUCCUUAGAGUUCAUAAAAUCUUCCUUAGAGACAUAAAUUGGUAUUGCAGACUUUUUUGUCUAUCAAAAUACCCUAUUUUUGAAAAGUUCUGUACACUCAUCUUGAUAGAAAACCCUCUGAAAGUUUAAUGCGAAUUUCAGACGAUCUCUUUGUUCCUGCGCAUUCUGCUCUUAUUGAACCUUCAAAAAGCUCUUCGCGAGAUCCCUCGGCUCUUGGGUCGGCGUAUAGGUACGUGUAGAAAUAUUAAUUUCAAGUUUUUUUGGUGUGAUUUUGAGGGAGAUGAUGAACAACGUACUCUCCAAUAUCAAUUCGAGCGCGAAGACAGAAACUUUCAUCCGUUACACAACUUUUCACAAAGUUGCUACCGCCCAUUCGAACAGGUUAACUGGGCGUGCCGGUUGGUUGUUUUUCCUUGAAUCAAAAAAGACAAGAAAAGUUCUUCAAAUUUUUUUUUGUUAUGAAGAAAAAAGUUUACAGCCCACAUCGCAGCAGUCGAAGACGCCAUUUUCAUCGAGAAACUUCUUUCGAUUUCGGCCCUGAAAUAUUUCAUAUAA